AUGACAAAUUUCGUUGCCCGUUACCCCUCUCAGGAUGGCUAUGGCCAGGACCGGCCCUAUGAAGGACUCAGUGCUGUGAAUGGAUUAAUCGUUGAUGGAGCCUACUUAGACGGUUCGUGGGAGUUGUGUAUUCACGUGGAGGAUAUAAACGACCUUGUGUGUGUCCGCGUUCGGGGCGAUGUCAGCGUUGGUGGGCUGAUGCAUCAAAUCGUCGAGGCGGUGAAUCUUAAACAAUCAUGGUCUGAUCACGCUAUUUGGUGGCCCCAGAGGAACAUGUGGCUCCUCCACACUCGUACCUCCCUCGAUCAGUACGGUGUCCAGUCUGAUGCUCAGCUUGUUUUCCGCCGUACCCAUGGCAACUUGCAAAUCGUCCUGCCCUCUCUCUCCACUCUCGUCCUUCGCGUCAAUUACGCCAGCCGUGUCUUCACCGUCGUUGAAAACAUCUGCAAGGAACUGUGUAUCCGUCACCCCGAGGAAUUGUCUCUGAUGUUUCCCGUCAAGCGAGACCACCUCAAAUACAAUCAGCCCCUUCCCGUCAUCAGACACGGCGUCAAGAGAACUGGACCACUCACUUCAAUUGGCAGUUCGCGCUCUGAGAUGCCAACAGCACACGCCAAUGGUAUUAAUGGUACUGUAUCGAUGAGUCGUUUAAAUGACUCCAAUCCCUACCCCACACUGCCCUAUGGCUCUGCCACGUUGAUGCGAGGACAGUCAGAUAAUUCCCUUGAUGAAGAAGGUAUCGAUGUCGGCAAGUUUGCUGAUUGCAGCCAACGGAGGAGUGCAAAAGCAGUGUUCUCGGAAGAAUGGUUGCUGAAACCAAAGAAUGUUCAGCAGAAGGCCCGCAUGGAUGGGAGUUGGUUGGAUUCCUCCCGUUCCCUGAUGGAACACGGUAUCGAGCCACCGACAAUUCCAAUCGACGACUUUUCCUCAACUCCAUCUAAACCACCCACACUAUAUCUUCGCUUCAAAUACUAUAACUUUUACGACAUCAACACAAACUACGAUGCUGUCAGAAUUCACCAGCUCUACGAACAGGCUAGGUGGUCAUUACUUGCUGGCAAUUUAGAGUGCACGGAAGAUGAAAUGAUUGUUUUCGCUGCUUACCAGCUUCAAGCUGAACUUCAAAAUGAAUCCGCUUUAAAAUCAGCCGCCACAAUGUAUGCUAGUUUAGGCGGCACUUUAGCACGACAUAACACACUGGCACCAUACAACACUUUAGACACCGGCCUGCGUCCACUCAGCCCCGAUUUCUCAAUGACAGCUCGUGUCUCUUCACCUCGUUCGCUGAGUGGGUCGCUUUUGCGCAUGCCCAGCCUUGGAACAGUUGUCCCUGGAACUACGCGUCCCCUCAGUCCACCCAUCGGUUCCAAUUGCCACUUGUCUUUUUCCAGUGACCCCCUCGAGGAAGUGGACGAGAUUGACGCGAUGCUGACAGAGCUGGAGCAGUCCUGUAACGGAGCGCGUCAGCCGCGAAAAUCCAGUGCGGCGCACCCCGACACAGUUGAUGAAACCACUUCAGGUGGUGUCCCUUUCUUGCAGGACUCGAUUAAGGUGUUCCGGGACAAGGGUCUGCUCCUGCGUCGGUACAAGGAGAUGUGGGCGGUUGUUAAGGGUGCCACGCUUGUGUUGUAUCGUGACCCGCACAAUGUUGACCUACCAGUGGCAUCGUAUUCACUCCGGGAUUGUCUCAUUACGCCUGAUCUGAGCCCGAGUAAUGUUCGUUUCGCUGUAAAGCUCUCCCUUGUUUUCAGUCCUCCUUCGUCCAAUUCCUCCACACCUGUUUCUGGACGUCGCAGUAAGACGCGAGAAGAGGUCUGUCUUCGUUUUAACUCCAUGGAACAGUACACAAAGUGGGUAGCCGCUUUCCGCCUAGCAGCCCGAGGCAAGAGUUUAAGUUGUCAGGCAGCCUUCGACAAAGAGUUGGAGAUUGUCCGAGAGGCUCUUGAGAAGCAGGCCGCACCGUGCACAACCCCAGUCCUUAGUCCUGAAGACUUAACUGCUCGUCUUGGUGACCUCACCGACUUCUGUGCUGAGAGAAUUAUAAAAAAGGCGCGCAGCAAGGACUCGCUUCGCCAGAGAAUCAAUGAGACGCACGCGGGCAUGCGAGAUCUAUCGUUGCAGGAGGCCAAGCUGCGCUACAUUGAGGAUUGGCAGCGGCUCAACCACUUUGGCCGGUCCUACUUCCUCGUCCAAUUCGACAAAGGAAAUCAAUUUGGCCUUGGGAGUUCCGGUGGAGGUCUUUUCUCUGGUGGGAAUCCUCAGGAGGAUGUGAUUGCCAUCAGGCAGGGUCGAAUCGAGGUCGUAUCCCCCUCAACCGAGGAGACCCAGCUUGCAUGGAAUUUCGCAGACCUGCGCAGCUGGAAUGUAAACUGGGAUAACGGGCGGGUGAUACUUGAUUUCAGAAAUGGAAAGGUCUCUUUUAAACCGCUGACUGCGAACUGCAAAACGGUUGUAGAAAUGAUUGGCGGGUACGUCUUCUUGAGUCAGAGGAAUCCGGACAAAAACCAGAAAAUUGACGAGCGCCUGUUCCACAAGCUGACAGGUGCCAAUGACUGA